AUGCCAGGCGAGGUCAUCACGGAGAAAACUCCAUCGGCCCUCCACCGACCGAUCUCGGAAGCAACCGAGCUGGCAGAUCCCCAUGGAAAGUAUCCCGAGGGAGGAACGCGCGCAUGGCUGGUCGUGCUGGGCUCCUGGUGCGCCAUGGUGCCGGCAAUGGGCAUGCUGAAUACCAUUGGCGCAUUGCAUGCUUGGACUUCGACGCAUCAGUUGGCCGGCUACUCGGAUUCCAGCAUCGGUUGGAUCUUUGGCGCUUUUAGUUUCUUCCUCAAUUUUGGAAGUGCCCAGGUUGGUCCUAUUUUUGACAGUCGAGGAUUGCUUCCGGUGAUCGCACCGGGGUCGAUUGGUUUAGUCCUGGCCAUUUUCUUCUUCAGUGCCAGCACAGAAUAUUACCAAAUUUUCCUCUCGUUCAGCGUCCUCGGUGGUCUUUCAUCGUGCUGUCUUUUCACCCCCGCCAUCGCUGUCGUGGGUCACUGGUUCAACGUGCGCCGUGCCUAUGCCACCGGCAUCGCCUGCACCGCUGGGGGUCUCGGCGGCGUCAUCUUCCCUAUCAUCAUCCUCUACGUCGGUCCCACGCUAGGCUUUCCCUGGGCCCUGCGCAUCAUCGGCAUCAUCAGCUUCUUCCUAUGCGCCAUGGCCUGUCUGCUCAUGAGAACGCGCCUCCCACCUAACCAUGCCGCCGGCAUGGCCAUCGACAUCAAGGCUCUCCGGGAACCGAACUACGCCCUCACCACUGUGGCUGUCUGGCUGGUCGAAUUCGCCGUCUUCAUUCCAUACACCUACAUCGCGUCGUACGGCCUCUACGCCGGACUCGGCGAGUCCCUAGCCUACAAGCUAUCUAUCUUCCUGAACGUCGGCGCUAUCCCCGGCCGUGCAUUCCCAGGCCUUCUCGCCGACCGAUUGGGUCGGUUCAACGUCAUGGCCAUGACCACGGUCAUUUGCGGCGUCUUGACGUUGGUGCUGUGGUAUAAAGCCGGGCAGAACCACGCCGCUAUCAUCGCGUACUCUGUCCUGUUCGGCUUCUGGAGCGGCGCGGCGAUCAGCUUGACGCCCGUGUGCAUCUCCCAGGUCUGUCGGACGGAGGACUAUGGCAAGCGAAACGGGACCACCUUCACGUUGGUGAGUUUUGCGACACUGACGGGAAUUCCGAUCGCGGGUGCCAUUCAAGAACGCAAUGGAGGCGAGUAUUGGGGCUUGAUCAUCUUCGCGGGAGCCCUUUACAUGGCGUCGUUCAUUGCCUUCGUGGUGGCGAGGGGUGUUGCGGGUGGUUGGGGGCUAAAGACGAAAUUUUAG